CAGCCCCGGGAAAGGCGUUGCACGGCGAGUGGCUGCUUGUGGGAAGCGCAGGAGCGGAGGGGGGGCUCACACCCUUUCCUCCCCGCCCUCCCGCCGCCAGCCAGUCGCUCAGCCUCAGAGGCACAGGCAGAGGGCGCCUGAGCCAUGUCCGCCCCCUGCGGCCGCUGCUGGCGCUCAGCUCCACGCGUUGAGGAGGCUCCUGCACCCCGGACCCCGCAGCCGCUGACAGCGUCCUGCGAGCCAAGGCAGGAGACUGAUUAGAGCGGCUCUGUCUCCCCCGCGCCUGCUUCGCCUAGUCCAUGGGGCUGCGCCGUGUGUGUGCAGGCAGGGGGCUGCUGCUGCAGGAGGAAGCCCCAUUGGUGUGAGCAGCUGCGCUCUCCCUCGCCUCUCUGCCCUGCCUCACCUCCCUGCUCCUGAGCGAGCCCGGCUCGGAUGUCCGGUUUCCUGGUGGCUUUUCACCUGGCAAACUCCAGCUAACUUCGGUGAGCAAUUGCAAAGCGUCCGGGCACGUUGCGAGUCCCUUGCAGGCAGCUGGUGCUGCUGCAUCUUCUCCAUCCCAGGGAUUCUGCCGCCUUGGAUAUUGGGGGGAGGCAACCAACAAAGCCAAGGAGCCUCACGAUUCCCCCUACACUCCUCAAGCUCCCCCCGCCCCGCCACGCACCCACCCUGCCAUCCUUGCACAAUGCACUUGCUGGGAUUAUUCUCUCUGGUUUGCUAUCUGGCUGCUGCUGCUCUGCUGCUGGGACCCAGGGAGCCGGCCACCGCCGCUGCCUAUGAAUCCGGGCAGGGCUACUACGAGGAGGAGCCCGAUUUGGGGGAAGCAAAGGCUCAUGCAAGCAAAGAGCUGGAAGAGCAGUUGCGGUCUGUGUCCAGUGUGGAUGAACUCAUGACAGUACUUUACCCAGAGUACUGGAAAAUGUUCAAAUGUCAGUUGAGGAAAGGGGGCUGGCAACACAACAGGGAACACUCCAGCUUCGACACAAGAUCAGAUGAUUCAAUAAAAUUUGCAGCAGCACAUUAUAAUGCAGAGAUCUUGAAAAGUAUUGAUAAUGAAUGGAGGAAAACUCAGUGCAUGCCACGUGAGGUGUGUGUAGAUGUGGGGAAAGAGUUUGGAGCAACAACAAACACCUUCUUUAAACCCCCAUGUGUAUCCAUCUACAGAUGUGGAGGUUGCUGCAAUAGUGAGGGGCUGCAAUGUAUGAAUAUCAGCACAAGUUACAUCAGCAAAACGUUAUUUGAGAUUACUGUGCCGCUGUCUCAUGGCCCUAAACCUGUAACAGUCAGUUUUGCUAAUCAUACAUCCUGUCGAUGCAUGUCUAAGCUGGAUGUUUACAGACAAGUUCAUUCAAUCAUUAGACGCUCCUUGCCAGCAACGCAACCACAGUGUCACGUGGCAAACAAAACUUGUCCAAAGAAUCUUAUCUGGAAUAAUCAGAUUUGCAGAUGUCUGGCGCAGCAUGACUUCAGUUUCUCUUCCCAACAUGGAGAUACUGACACUGCUGACGAAUUCCAUGAUAUCUGUGGACCUAACAAAGAGCUUGAUGAAGAAACCUGUCAAUGUGUUUGCAAAGGGGGUGUACGGCCUUCAAGCUGUGGACCCCAAAAAGAAUUAGAUAGAACAUCGUGCCAGUGUACAUGUAAAAACAAACUUUUGCCUAGUUCCUGUGAUCCCAACAAAGAAUUUGAUGAAGAUAAGUGCCAGUGUGUAUGUAAAAGAACCUGCCCCAAACAUCAGCCACUAAAUUCUGCAAAAUGUAUCUGUGAAUGUAUAGAAUCUCCAAACAAAUGCUUCUUAAAAGGAAAAAGGUUUCAUCACCAGACAUGCAGUUGCUACAGACCACCGUGUACAGUUAGAACGAAACGCUGUGAGCCUGGAUUUUAUUAUAGUGAAGAAGUGUGCCGUUGCGUACCCACAUAUUGGAAAAGACCGCUUAUUAAUUAGUGAAGAAAGCACUACUUGCCAUUUUGGUGUACAUUUUUCCAUUAAAAAAACAACUGCGUUAACAUUGGAAUUAACUGUGCACCAGAGACACUGUGGGAUUCACAGAGACAGACACAUUGUGCUUUUUCCCCAAGAAAUGUGGAAAGCACAUGUAGACAAUAAUGGGGCUCAUGUUGUGUAAAGAACUCACUAAGGACUUGUUUUCUGCCAAUGACAAAACAGCCUUGGUUUUCCUCCUUGUGAUUUUUUUUUAAAGAGAUAAUGACUAUAUAAUUUAUUUCCACUAAAAACAUUGUGCAGCAUUCCUGUUUAUAGCAGUAACAAUUGUUAAAGCUCACUGUGAUCAAUAUUUUUAUAUCAUGCAAAAUAUGUUUAAAUAAAAUGAAAAUUGUAUUAUA